UACGCUAUGAAUUCGACCCGUGAGCUUAGUUACGGCUGCAUCACGGCCGACGACAAGGAUCCGCCACCGCAAGGCGGGGAGGUGGUUGGUCCUUGUCGCCGGGCGGUGGGGAGGGCCACACGGAGGGAUAAUGUGUGUUUCACCCAACGGUCGCGUAGACAAGCUGGACAGCUCGUUCUCGAGGUCGCGAUCCAGCAGCAUGUCGAGCCUGGAGAACAUCUCGCAGGAGGGCAUCCAAUGCCUCGCCUUCGCGGACAGCUAUAUCAAGAGAUCAGAUCCCACGGCGCUGGUGCCCACGCUGUGGAUCGGCACAACCCUGGGCUCUGUGCUGACCAUGAUGAUCAGCCUUCCCGAGGCCGACCAGCGCCACACGCAGGCGGCUGCUAUCAGCACCAGCGGUGGUCCUAUCUUCAGGCUCAAAGGCUCCAUACUAGCCAUGUCGUUCCUGGACUGUAACGGCGCUCUCAUCCCCUACUCCUACGAAGGCUGGAGGGACGACUGCAAAGACAGUCGGGAUCGCCGAGACCGCACACCGACCAAACAGUGUUCGACGGGCAGCGGUAGCCACAGCAGCCCCGUGCCCGAGCCGGGUGACCGCCAGUUUGUGGUGAUCGCGUCGGAGAAGCAGGCCCGCGUGGUGGCGCUGCCCAGCCAGAACUGCGUCUACCGGCAGCAGAUCGUCGACGCCGACUUUGUCGUGAAGGCGGAGAUCGUCAGCUUGAAAGAUAGUGUCUGCCUGGUGAGCUACCUGUCCACCGGCCACCUCUCCGCGUACAGCCUGCCCUCGCUACGGCCCUUACUGCAUACGGACUUCCUCCCGCUGUCGGAGCUCAGCUUCCAGACACAGUCGAAACAGAGAGGUCUCGUAGACCCGAUGCUCUCCAUAUGGGGCCAACAGCUCAUAGUUAACGAGGACACGGAUCAAAUAGCGAAGACGUUCUGCUUCAGCAACAGAGGGCACGGCCUGUACCUUGCCUCGCCCUCCGAGAUCCAGAAGUUCACGAUCGACGCCGAAUUCUGUCAGCAACUGAACGAGAUGAUGGGGGAGCUGUUCUUGCCGCGGGACAUGCCCGAGCCCCCAAAAGAGAGCUUCUUUCGAGGGCUGUUCGGGGGCGGUGCUCGCCCGCUCGACAGAGAAGAAUUAUUUGGAGAGAGCAGUGGUAAGCCGAACCGGACGGUGGCCAAGCACUUCCCCGCGGCCGAGGGGCUGCAGGCGCGUGCCUCGACCGCCACGGGAGAGAUAGCGCGCGCGCACCAGAUGGCCGUCGAGCGAGGCGACAAGCUGUCGCAGCUGGAGGACAAGGCCGAGCGGAUGCACUCGCAGGCGUCAGAGUUCUCGUCCUCGGCUCACCAGCUGAUGCUCAAGUACAAGGACAAGAAGUGGUACCAGCUGUGAAUAUUGCGAGCCGGCGCGCACUCGGCCAACAUCUUGACAGAAUCACAACAGAUUGUUCUGUUGUCUUGAAAUCAAAUGAUAUUUUGUUUACUUCAAGUUUGUCCCUAUAUCUAAUAUAAUAUCAGCGAGGUUUGUUUCUGGUUAGAUCAAGUUAAAACUGGCUGACGGACAACAAACUCACGAGUUGAACAAUUUAAACAAAAUAAUUCAGACUACAAUAUUUGCCGGCCGACUUGAGCUGGCAUAGCGUUCAUACAUUUAUAUUGGAUGAAUCAUCUUCAUUGUUCGAAGUCCUCAAGACACCGGUAGCCGGAACCAUGCAGCUCAAGUUGUUUGUCAAAUACUACCGUUGUUUCAUAUAUCGAUAUAGGUAUAAGUACGUGUAUAUAUGUAGGGUUACGACCGCGUAGAGCUUAGCCCUUCUACUUCUAGAUAAUCUUCCUACGUAGGCGGUAGGAGCUAACACGAAUUACUAAAUUAACGCACAAUGUCAUCUUGCAUCACCCCUCGUGUACCGAUCAUGUCACUGUUCAGUUGUUUCUGUGCCCGAAGCAUUGGAAGCGAUGUUCGAUAACAGGUUAGAAUGCAUAGUCGUUUGCGGUUCACUUAUGCAAGGUUAUAUAAACAUUUUGCACCCCAAAUCUUGCUGAUAUAGUAAAAUAUAUUGUAUCUAUUGUAUGUAGGUGCUCCGCAGAAAAAAGUACCUUCGUUUUAGUAAUAACAGACGGCUCGAAGAAGGUUUUUGUUAAUAGCACUGUGUUUGUAGUUGUAGCUUCUCACUCAAGCACCACGGAUAGGUCGCGUGCGGUCGGUUCCGCGAUAUACUCUCGUAGACAACCGCGACCGGUUAACCCACAACAUGAAUUAUCAAUCGUUGGCGGGAGGUACUCUAAUAAUUGUAUUACGUAAUUCGCUGCAUCUUCCAUUUAUUAGCGAUUUCAAAAGUAUUUCUUAUAAGUAGGUUCCUCUCUUUCUCGCAUAUUAUAUAAAUCCGCAUUAAUUGCGAUGUGAUACCUGUAUAUAUGUAGACUUGUACUGUAAAUAUUUUGUACUAUCAUAGUGCGUAGCGGACAUCUCCAUGUUUAUGUCGCUCUCUUCUUGACGUGCGAAACCUAUUGUCACCUAAUGACAAAGUUAAAGUAGAAUUGUGAUAAAAGAUUAACAGUUACUACCGCGGGAAUUAGACUUAUUAAAUUGAUUUGAUAAUAUUGAAGAAUUAUAAUAUAUAUAUUGGUUUAUAUUAGGUAUACAUCCUUAGUAUUGAUGGGGGGGGG